CCGCCACCGAUUUAGGCGGUGGAGCUGUCGCGCGGAGCCUCUCGAUUACGUCGAGGAUUAGAAGGAAGUUUCCGUGGCUUCGGUCAAUGUCGUCGGCGUCGUCGGAGAGUGUAGCCGCCGUGGAGGAUCCGGUGGUGACGGCGCGUAAUGCAAGGAAGAUGAGAGUGAAGCUUGAACGGACAAGGUCGAGCGCGCAGAGAGCGUUGAAAGGUUUGAGAUUCAUAAGCAAGUCCGGUGAAGCCAGUGACGAGUUGUGGAGAAAGGUGGAAGAAAGGUUCAGUUUUUUGGCAAAGGAUGGGUUGCUCGCUAGAGAAGACUUUGGUGAAUGCAUUGGGAUGGAGGAUUCCAAGGAAUUUGCUGUUUGUAUUUUUGAUGCAUUAGCUCGAAGGAAGGAAAGCAAAGUGAGUAAAAUUACGAAAGAAGAGUUGCAUCAAUUCUGGUUGCAAAUUUCGGACCAGAGCUUUGACGCCCGGCUUCAGAUUUUCUUUGACAUGGCAGACAGUAACGAAGACGGAAGAAUUACAAGGGCGGAAGUACAAGAGCUCAUAAUGCUCAGUGCUUCUGCAAACAAGCUAUCGAAGCUUAAAGAACAAGCUGAAGGAUACGCUGCGUUAAUAAUGGAAGAAUUAGAUCCAGAAAACCUGGGUUAUAUAGAGCUGUGGCAGCUAGAAAUGUUGUUGCUACAAAAGGAUAGUUACAUGAACUACAGCAGACAACUCAGCAGCGCAAGUGUAGGCUGGAGUCAAAAUAUGAGCGGUUUGAGGCGCAGAGAUGAGAUCCAAAGAUUCCUGAGGACACUCCAAUGUCUUGCAUUAGAAUAUUGGAGAAGGGGCUGGAUUUUGUUACUGUGGUUGGUUACCAUUGGUUGCCUAUUUGCCUGGAAAUUUUACCAGUAUAAAAACAAAUCAUCUUUCCAAGUCAUGAGCUACUGCAUACCAGUAGCCAAAGGUGCUGCAGAGACCCUGAAGCUCAACAUGGCUCUAAUUCUCUUGCCAGUUUGUCGAAACACAUUGACAUGGCUUCGUUCUACCAGAGCCAGGAAAUUUGUCCCUUUUGAUGACAAUAUUAAUUUCCACAAGAUGAUUGCGUUUGCCAUAGCUGUUGGAGUCGCGGUUCAUGCUGGUAAUCAUUUGGCAUGUGAUUUUCCCCUCCUCGUAAAUUCAUCUCCAGAAAAAUUUUCACUAAUAUCUUCAGAUUUCAAUAACAAAAAACCCACAUAUAAAACACUUCUGACCGGUGUAGAAGGCGUAACUGGAAUCUUAAUGGUUACUUUGAUGGCAAUCUCUUUCACUCUGGCAACUCACCACUUCCGGAAAAGUGCGGUCAAGCUUCCUCCACCAUUUAACAGAUUGACCGGCUUUAACGCAUUCUGGUACUCACACCACCUUCUUGGCCUCGUCUAUGUUCUGCUUCUCAUCCAUGGAUCAUUCUUGUAUUUGACUCAUGGGUGGUACCAAAAAACGACAUGGAUGUAUAUCUCUGUUCCACUGCUGCUUUACGUUGCAGAGCGUACUCUACGCACUCGUAGAUCAGCACAUUAUACAGUAAAAAUUCAGAAGGUGUCGGUGCUACCAGGAAAUGUGUUCAGCUUAAUCAUGUCCAAGCCUAAUGGAUUUAAGUACAAAAGCGGACAGUACAUAUUUUUACAAUGCCCAAAAAUCUCUCCCUUUGAAUGGCACCCAUUCUCCAUUACCUCAGCGCCUGGAGAUGAGUACCUGAGUGUUCACAUUCGCACAGUUGGAGACUGGACCCAAGAACUUAAGUUUCUCCUCACCGAAGACGACGAAGAUAAAUUACCUCCGGUUAAUUGUCGGGCAACGUUCGGUGAACUAAUGCAAAUGGAUCAAAGAGGGCAAAGUUUUGGUACACACAGACAACCGAGACUGCUUGUUGAUGGCCCUUACGGAGCCCCAGCACAAGAUUACCAGAAUUUUGAUGUACUGCUCCUCAUAGGACUAGGAAUAGGAGCAACUCCUUUCAUUAGCAUUCUAAGAGAUCUUAUCAGUGACACUAGAACAAUGGAUGAAUUAGCGGAGUCAAACACAGAAACAACGAGAUCAGAUGAGAGCUUCAAUAGUUUCACAUCCUCCAAUUUGACGCCAGGAGGAAACAAGAGAUCACGAAGGACUACAAAUGCUUAUUUCUACUGGGUUACAAGGGAACCUGGUUCUUUUGAAUGGUUUAGAGGAGUAAUGGACGAAGUUGCAGAGAUGGACCACAAAGGUCAAAUUGAACUUCACAACUAUCUUACUAGUGUCUACGAAGAAGGGGAUGCGAGAUCAACCUUAAUCACCAUGAUCCAAGCACUGAACCAUGCCAAACAUGGUGUUGACAUCUUAUCAGGCACUCGAGUAAGGACACACUUUGCAAGGCCUGAUUGGAAGGAAGUUUUCACCAAGAUUGCCUCUAAACAUCCGUAUUCUACAGUAGGGGUGUUUUAUUGCGGGAUGCCGGUGUUGGCAAAGGAACUAAAGAAGCUAUCUCUUGAGCUGAGCCACAAGACAACUACACGCUUCGACUUUCACAAGGAGUACUUUUGAUAUAGGAAAUGAAAUUCAAAC